ACGCAUAUCCUCCGAUCCUCCUGCCCUAGCUGGCUACCUACAUACAGAAAAUUAAACGAAACGUUGGUAAGCUUAUUGGCCUGUGGUAGUAGCGAAAUAUGGCUACGGAUUGCAAUGGCCGUAGGAGAUUUGCGUUGGCCUGCGGCGUGCUCAGCCGGUGCGUCAGGGCCAAGGCCGCCGCCGGGGUGGCGGCGGCGGCUCAUGCCCGCCCCGCCACCACGCCGACGGCGGCCUCGACGAUGCUCCUGUUGCCGGGAGCCGACGUCGCCCCCGACGUCAGGGAGGAAGCCGAGGCGUCCACGCCGACGCCGGCGCCGGCGCAGCUGACGAUCAUGUAUGGCGGGCGCGUGCUGGUGUUCGACGACGUCCCGGCGGACAGCGCGGCCGAGCUGCUACGCCUCGCCGCCGGUGGGGCGAAGGACAUCCCUGUGGCGAGGAAGGCGUCGCUGCAGCGGUUCAUGGAGAAGAGGCGGGACAGGCUCGCCGCCCAGACGCCGUACGACGCUGCCAGCCGGCCGACGACGGCGGCGUCCAAGAAGAGGCAGCAGGAAGGACAUGCCGGCGCGUGGCUUGGGCUUGGUAGUCCCGGAGGAUGCGUACGCUGAUUCUUAGUCAUCUCGAUCGCUGCCGGCGCCGCAGACUGACUACCUAAUCGUUGGCGAGCAUAUAUAAUUGAAUUUUCAGCUUAGAUGUUGAUAACUUACGAGCGCGUGUUGGGAAAAAUACGAUGGCGUUUAUUUGCUCU